AUGCCUAGAAAAGAGAAGAAGGGAAAGACAAGAAAGGAUGUCCAUUAUUAUAUGGCCAAGGAAUACGGUUACCGUUCUAGAGCCUGUUUCAAAUUGAUUUAGAUUAAUAAAAAAUAUGGUUUUUUAGAAAAGGCUAAUGCCGUUAUUGAUCUCUGUGCUGCUCCUGGUGGUUGGUUAUAAGUUGCUGCUAAAUUUUGUCCUGUUACUUGUACAAAAAUAGGUCUCGAUCUUGUUCCUAUUAAGCCUAUUCCAGGAGUUAAAACCUACGUUUAAGAUAUUACCGCACCUGUUACCUAUUAAUUGCUUAAAAGAGAAUUAAAGGGAGGUAAAGCAGAUGUUGUACUUAACGAUGGUGCCCCUAACGUCGGUGCUAACUGGUAAAAAGAUGCCUUCAAUUAAAUUGAACUUACAUUAGCUGCACUUAAACUUGCAGUCAACUUCUUAAGAAGAGGUGGUACUUUUGUUACUAAAGUUUUUAGAUCUAAGGAUUACAAUGCUCUUAUUUGGGUUUGCAACAAGUUCUUUAGAAAGAUAGAAGCCAAUAAACCUAAGGCUUCUCGUUUCACUUCUGCAGAAAUUUUUAUUGUCUGUACUGAUUUCAUUGAUCCAGAUUUUAUUGAUGAUAAACUUUUCGAUGCUAAGUAUAUCUUCAAGGAUACUGAAGAUGAUUAUUAUACAUAACAAGUUGAACAUGAAGUUAAUUCUAUUGAUAAAAUUAUGGCAAAGAGAAGAAAGAGAGUUGGUUAUGGUGACGAUGUUAAACAAACUGUUUUCCAACCAAUAACAUUUGAAGAAUUUGUUAAUAUAGAUAAUCCUUUUGCAGUUUUCUUGACUCAUAAUUCUAUUUCCUUCCCUAAAGACUAGUUAGAAAAAUAUAUUCCCAUGACAGAUCCCCCUAAAGACUGGGAAAUAAUAUGCGAAGAUAUUUUAGUUAUUGGUAAAAGAGAAAUAGCUUAACUUAUUAAAUGGAGAAAUAAAAUUUUGCAUAUCUAAAGAAAAAAUAAAGAAUAAGAAAAAAAAAAUAAGCUGAAAGCUAUCACUGACGGAGAUCAAUAAGGUGAUGAAAAAUAAGAUUAAGAGUAAUCUAGUGAAAUGGAUGUUGAAGAAAAUGAAGAAGAUUGGGAAGAUGAAAAAGGUAAUAGUGAAGAAGAAGAAGAUGAUGAUGAAGAAGAAGAAGAUGAUGAUGAGGAAGAAGACGAAGAAGAAGAAGAUGUAGACGAAGAUGUCGAAGAAGGUGAUGAUGAAAAAGAAGAUGAUGAAGAAGAAGAAUAAGAAAAUAAAGAAGAUGUUGAUGAAUAAUUAGCAAAAGAAAUUAGAGAAGACCAAAAGAAAUAAUUAAAGAAAUAGAGAAAAUAAAAAGAAAAAUUAUUAAAGGGUAUCGCAAAGAAAGCUAUCGGUGUUGAGUUUGCAAACGAUAUUGUUGAUGAAGAAUUGUACAACAUGAAUUAACACAAGGAAGUCAUGAAUAUGGAAUAUGUUGAAAUGUCCGAUGAAGAUAAUAAGACAAAAGAAAAAAUCCCUAAUAAGAUUUCAUUCAAGAAUAGUAAAGAAUUAGAAUAAAAUUUAGAAGCUAUGUAUGAAUAAAAGUAAUUGAGAUAGUAAAUUUCUAAGAAGAAGAAAGCUAAUAAGGAUGAAGCAUAAAUGGAUGAUAGCAAGAUUUAGGUUUAAUCUCUUAAUGAAAAUAAAUUUAAAAAUCCUCAUCUCAAAGAAAAUGAAGAAAUGCUCGAAAGCGGUAUUAAGAGAAGAAAGUGGUUUGAUAAGGGAGUAUUCAAUGAUGAUUUUUCUGAUGAUUCUAGCAUGUAAAGUGAAGAUGCAGGUGAAUUAGAUGUUCCUGAUGAUUCUGAAAUCGAUAAUGAUUCUCUUUAUGAUGAAGAAGAUAAAUCUAAGAAUAAAGGUUUCAUUAAUCCUUUGAAAAAAUCUCAUUUAUCUUCAAGAUAAAAUGGGGACGACGAUGAUGAUGAAGAAUUUAACUUUGGAAGUGAAGAUGAACAAGAUGAUGAUUAAAAUAAUGGAUACAUUGAUAUGUAUGAUGAUACUAUUUACAUCGGUAAGAGACCCAAGAGUGCUCACGAUGAUAUUGAUCCUAAUGAAAAAGUACCAGGAGAACUUUCAGAUGAUGAUGCAUAUAUUAUUUAAGUACCUAAAUCUGAUAUGGAAAAAAGAAGAAGAGCUAUGAAGAGAGCUGAAAAGAAAAAAUUGAAAAAGGAAGAAAACCCAUAAGUGAAAGAUGAUGGUUUUGAAAUUGUCCCUAAAUAAGAAGAUUACGAUAUUGAUAAUUUAGCAGAAACAUUAGCUUUAGCAAAGAAAAUGCAAAGAAAAAGAGCAAGAGAAGAUAUUAUUGACUCUACUUAUUCUCGUUAUGCCUUUGAAGACCAAGAUAAUCUCCCUACAUGGUUUAUCGAAGAUGAAAAGCAACACAACUUUAAGCAUCUCCCAAUUACUAAGGAAGAAAUAUAAGCUGAAAAAGAAAGAUUGAUGGCUAUUAAUAGAAGAGCUCCUAAAAAGAUUAUAGAAGCUAAGAUCAGAAACUAUAAAAGAAUGGAAAAGAAGAUGAAGAAGGCUAAGAAUAAAGCAAACUAAAUUAUGGAGACUGAAGGUAUUUCUGAAUAAAUGAAAAUAAAAUAAGUUAAAAGUCUAUACGCUAAAGAAAAAAGAGGACUUAAGUAAGAAAAGAAAUAUAUAGUUGGUAAAAAAGGUACUGCUCCUGGUAAGAAUUCUAGAUUUGUCAAACACGUUGAUAAUAGAUUAAAAAAAGAUAGAAAGGCUCUUUCCAGAUUGUAUACAAAUAAAGGAUCUAGAAAAAGACAAGUUAAGCGUCAUAAAGGAAAGAAAUAAAAAAGUUGA